GAUUGAGUGUUUUAUCGCUUAGGAUACUGUGGAGUGGUCGCGUGUGAAUUAUUUAUUUUAUUUUAUUAGUUUUGUGUGUGUAGCUGUGUGUGGAUAUUUUAAUGAACUUAAACUUCUCGAUUAACUUAGUGUUCUAGUGCCUGGAAAAUCUCUAAAUACUCAUUGAAAAGUGAAAUGAACGGAGAUUUACCUCCAGUGUUUCAAAUUUUUUGAAGUUUUAUUGUAUUACCUCCCCAAAAAAAAGAAGUUUCCAUCUUUUAGAGUUACAAAUGGUUGCACCCGGAGUGCCGAGUUUCAAUACAGUCACUCUACGAGGAUGAUAUUAAGUAUUAUACGAAGUAGCUGAAAAAACAAGUCAAAUAAAGGUUCAAGCCGUAGGACCAGAUUUCAAGUCUGUAAACAAUGAAACCAAAGGUUGAGGUGGUCAUUUCUGGAGCUGCAGGAGCCUUCCCGGAGUGCCAGAGUAUUCCGGAGCUUGAAGAUGCUCUAUUCAAGAAAGUUCAUCUCGUUACGAAUGAUGACCGCAAAUGGAAAGAAACCGUUGGAUAUCCCGGACAUUGUGGUAAAGCAUUCACACACGAGAAGUUUGAUCCACUAUUCUUCAAGGUCCCAUUCAGCUCACCCACUACUAUGGACCCUCUAGCGAAGAAAUGCUUAGAAACAAGUGUAGAAGCUAUUAUAGAUGCAGGAGUAAAUCCGAAGUCAUUGGCGGGCACGCGAACUGCCGUUUAUGCUGUAUACGACUUCAGUGAGUUUGAAAUGAGCACACCCUAUGCACAAUCUCAAAGAGCGUUGCUUGGUGUUGCCCGGACAUUCACUGCAAACAGACUCUCGUUUACUCUGAACUUGAAAGGUCCCAGUUUCACUGCAAUGGGAGGUUAUGGACAAACGUUCCAUUUCAUCGACGAGGCGAGGGCUCAGUUGGAGGAAGGAGAAAUAGACGCAGCAGUGAUUGUGACUGCCAACUCCAUCCUGUCACCUCGCCCUUUGGCCAUUUUACACGGCAUGGGCUUCGCUGCAAACGACGGAAAGUGCAGCUCUUUUGACCAAAAUGCACAUGGAUACGCUCUGAGCGAGGGUUGCGUGGCGUUUUUCCUUCAACGAGCACAGGAAGCGCGCCGCAACUGGGCCACGGUCAUCGGGGCCGAGUACAGAUUCUUUGGCACAAAAGAAGGCAACGUUCUGGCAUUCGACGGAGGACCGGCAAAAGAAAUGCUCCGUCAACUUUACUCCAAAUGGAACGUCGAUCCCGCUGACGUCGGCUACAUCGAGGCGGACGGCUGCGGAAUCAAAGAUAGGGACGUGGAGGAGGCCAACAUUAUUUCUGAUGUCUUUUGUCGUAAGCGAAGGAAACCUCUCCUCAUUGGGUCGGUAAAAUCGAACGUUGGUCAUGCAGAAGCAGCUGCUUGCGCUGUAGGAGCAGUCAAGGCCAUUAUAGCACUCAAAAACACUAAAAUCCCUCCAAAUAUCAACAUAAACUCACCGCUCCCUGAGUUAACGUCCGGGGGAAUCAAGGUUGUAACCGAGCCUACGUCAUAUGAUGGAGACUUAAUAGGUGUUAACACGAUUGGUCUGACCGGUCACUUUGGUCACCUUCUUCUGAAAGCAAAUCCCAGGAAAUCCUCAACCACGAUGAUCGAAGAAACGCUACCGCAAAUCAUCCUGUUAUCCUCCCGUACCGAGUCGGGGAUGGAAGAUGUCAUGACGCGAGUCAGAAAGACAAAAAUUACCCCAGAAUUCGCCUCUUUAGCGAAUGGAGUAUUCAGUCAAGAGAUGCAGAACCACAUGUAUAGAGGAUAUGCGAUUGUGCCAUCAGAUAGCGCCAACGUCACGAUAAAAUCUCAGAGAGCGGACGGAGACCAGAGGCCAAUCUGGUGGGUGUUCUCAGGAAUGGGUUCCCAGUGGAACACCAUGGGUUCUCAGCUGAUGCACAUUCCAAUCUUCCGCGAUGCUAUAGAUAGGUGUGACAAAGUUCUCGCACCACAUGGCGUAGACAUCAAGUAUAUAAUAACGAGCGAAGAUAAGGACAUUUUUGACAAUAUUUUGAACGCUUUUGUUGGUAUUACUGCCGUUCAGAUAGGAUUGACUGAAAUAUUACGAGCACUAAAGUUGGAACCUGCAGGAAUGGUUGGUCAUUCUGUAGGGGAAUUGGGAUGUGCUUACGCUGAUGGCUGCCUGACCCUCGAACAGACCAUUUUAGCCGCGCAUGCGCGUGGUAAAGCAUCCCGAGAAGCAACCCUCAUCAAAGGAAUGAUGGCUGCCAUUGGAAUGAGUUACGGAGAUAUCGUAAAUCAACUACCAGAGUCCAUCGACGUUGCAUGUAGAAAUUCGGACUCAAGCUGCACGAUAUCUGGGCCUGCAGAGGACGUAGAAAAAUUCGUCUCCGAAUUAACCUCACAGAAAGUUUUUGCACGGAGUGUGAACGUUGCAAAUAUUGCAUACCAUUCUCGAUACAUUCAACCUGCCGCACCGGUCUUACUCAAAUAUCUGAAAGAGGUUAUUCCAAAAAACAUAGCAAGGUCAUCAAAAUGGAUCAGUAGCUCUAUUCCUAAGGAGAACUGGGACUCCGAAUUAGCCACCUACAGUUCUCCGGAGUACCACACAAACAAUCUGCUGAGUCCAGUUCUCUUCGAAGAUACCAUCAAGUCAAUACCAUCGAAUGCGAUUUUAAUCGAGAUCGCGCCACAUGGACUGCUCCAGGCCAUCCUAAAACGUGCCAUGCCAAAAAAAGUCACUAAUGUUCCUCUCACCCACAGAUCUAGCCCGGAUGGUGUCACAUUCCUCCUGGAGGCUAUUGGGCAGUUGUACCUGCUUGGAUGUAAACCAGACGUAUCAGCACUAUAUCCGGCAGUCCAAUUCCCUGUGCCGCAAGACACGCCCAGUCUUCAGCCCUUCGUCACAUGGGAUCAUUCAGAGACGUACGGUCUACCCUCUUACAUGAAACACGAACACAAGAGCACCUCAGCAAUUUCAGAAAAGUGUUAUUCUGUGAAAGAUAUGAAGGAUUUAUUAAAGAUCUACAAGAAAAAUGAUACUCCUAUCUCCUGCCUUUCCUUUAUCUUGACUGAAGUAUGGAAAAUAUUUGGUGCUAUAGAAAAGCAGGAAUUUAAAAGCCUUCCUGUUGCCAUUGACAACAUUCAGAUUUAUUCAGAGCCGCAUUUAUCAGUCGAAGGUUCCAGUCAAGUUUGGAUUCAAAUCUUGCGGGGCAGUGGUGAAUUCAUCGUGUUACAAGAUUUUCUGGACUAUAAAUCGAACGAAUUGACAAUUGAUGAGCCCGAAACCGGUAGCGAGGAUCAAGAAGUUGUACUCAUGGCGGGUAGAAUCAGGAUUUGGGAACGCGGAUCGCAACCUGAGAAAUUCCCGACCAACAACGAGAUGCAUCCGACCCUCAACGGUGACGAUUCUUACGGACGAUUCCUUGAUUUUCUGGAAUCGGUCGGUGGCCUGCAGGCAAAAUCGAUAACUGAUAUUCAUACGUGCUCGAAAGGCCUGUUGGGAAAAAUCAAAAUAAACUCGGACUGGACCAUUUACCUAGACACACUAUUGAACCUGAAUACCAUGUGGAAUGCUAAAGCCACCGAACAGUUACCAAGACCUGCCUCCAUUCAAUCUAUACAGCUUGAUCCUGGACGAGUUGAACAACUACAGAAAGUUCCUUAUGUGGAGUUUUUCAUGAACACAGCUGUGAAUAGCCUUCAAUGUAUUGGAGUUACAAUAAAUGGCUUCAAAACUGUCCCAAUACCGAAGCCAGUUGAGAAAUUGGAAGAUGUGCACGCAGAGAGACUUUACUUUGUGCCCUACGGUAGUAGUACGUUCAAGAGUUUACACGAAUUUUGGCGUGCCAGUUUUCAAAUAAUGGUUGGAAAUUCAGGUAGCUCCCAAAAUAAAUUCAAAAUAGCGCUAGAUUUCAAAGUAAGUGAUACGCGUAACGGAAAAUCAGCUCCAUCGGCUUCUGAAGUACUUAGAGAUUUUCUUCAGGCCAGCAAUGAUUUGAAUGUGGAAAUUGUACCCGGUCACACUUACAAAAAUGGCACAAAAUGUGGAGUACACCUUUCCUACAUUUCUGGUCCACAAUCUCUGUCACAAUUAUCACUUCAGGGAGGCAGUGACGACGCCUUCUUCCUUGUAGCGCUGCCAGUCGAAACUCAGAUCAAAAAUGGUUCAAAUGCCGUCUCAAACUAUGGCAAAGAUUAUGCUGUGUUAUACGAACAAGUAUUUGGUUCCUUCAGAUAUGGACUCCUGAAAAAGAAAAUUUCUGGUCGGAAGACAAAAGUUUAUCACGUGUCAGAAAAUGUAUUGUCAACUUUGGAAGCUCUAAAAUCGGAGGUCAAAACUGCGGAAGAACAAUUGGUUUUCGUCGUCAGCAAAACAUUCACAAGUCCCGAAGCCAUGAUCCGUAAAAUAUUAAGGGAAGCUGGAACAAGGAAUUUCAAGUUUUUCUUCUUGCUGGACGACAAUGCACCUCCAUUCUCUCUUGACGAGAGCAUCUACCGAGAACAACUGGAGAGAGAUGUAUUGAUGAACGUGCUGAAAAACGGGAAAUGGGGCAGUUACCACGGAGUACCGAUUUCAAAACUAGUACCUGCAAACGUGGCCCAAAUUCUGCCCCACGUCAACCAAGUGUCCGAGGAGGUCAACAUUCGAUACAUCGGUUUAAAUCCCACCAGCUCCCAAAAUAUGAUACAGGGAACACCGGCAAUCUUGGACUAUUCUGGGGUUACACCAGCAGGAGCUCACGUAGUAGGCAUUGCGUAUAAAAAUGAAGGGUUCAAGAACAAUAUUUGCUUGGACUCGAUAUUCCAAUGGACUGUGCCGAAGAAUCUUCCAUUAGAUGAGGCGGCUUCUCUUCCGACUGCAUACUUAAUGGCGCACUCGAUCAUGGAAGAAAGGAUGGCAGUUAGAAUAGGAAAUGAUACGGACGGAGCAAUAAAAAAGACAGCUUUCAUCAUAAAUGGACAAACUCCCGUCGGAUUGGCUUUUAUAUCUCUUUGCAUCGAAAAGAAAUAUGAUAUUUACACUACCGUUUCUAACGAGGCUGCUGCUCAACUUGUGUCUCAGAUUUUCCCUCAGAUACCGAAAUCCAACAUCACAAACCACAACACCGAGGACUUUUACGUUCCGAUGAUGUUUGGAACCAACGGAGUGGGUCCCGAUAUAAUAGUGAGCGAUGCUCCUCGAAAACAGAUGCUCACCGCUUGGACCUGCAUCGGCAAACAUGGUAGUUUCGUCAACCUUAACGAAGAAACGAUGCAACACAAUUCCCCUCUCCCGAUGGGCAGGUUUAGCAAGGAUACCGGCUACUACGGCUGCAAGCUGUCUCAACUGGUGCAGUUACCGAAAGAACGGAAAAUUCGACUUCAUGCGCUUGUCAAUGAAAGUCUUUCAUCGGGACGGAUGGUUCAUAUGCCAAACCAAUCAGUGAACGUUAAUGAUCUAAGUCAGUUAUCUAGAACUGUUGAAAUGGUCACGGAACGAGGUGGUAAACUUUUACUAGAUGUGGGCUCGAACUAUAAAGGCAAUAAGGUCAAAACUCCAGCCCUCGAUUUUAAUUGUAUCAGUCAGAGUGAAUGGAUUACUCCCAAAGACUCUCAACUUUCCUCCGUGAUUAUAAGUUCAAACGUGGGAAGAGUGGUAAAUUUAGUAGAGUGGUUAUUAGAACGUGGCGUGAAGAAUAUAGUAUUAUCUACCUCGGAUGCAAAUGACAACAGAGAGGCAGUGCGAGCGAUCAACAAUGCCACCUCCAGGCAUGAGGCAACCCUACUAAUGACGUCAGCAAAGGCUGCCCACACACCCGCAGGCGUGGAGAAUAUACUAAACCAAGCAAAAAGACUGGGGGAAAUCUCAACAAUAUUCACUGUUGCGAUGAAUACAAAAGACUCUAUCUUACCGGUAAUUCAGAAGUAUAUGAAAAAUUUUCUCAAUGACUACACGCUGAUCAAUAUACAAGGAGAGACGUGGACGCAUGAGAUCAAAAAUAUGGUGACGAUCGUAUGUGACGACGAUGUGAGCUAUUGCGGCGUCCUUAGCCAGGCUUUGACUGAUCAUAAUAAACCAGCUACUUACGUCGUUUCAAGCAGAAGCUUAUGCAGGAGAAACGACUCUGUCAUUGGUAAGAAAGAGUCGAUAACAGACUAUCUACCCUCUUCCUUGCAAGAAUUAGAGGAAAUAGGAGAAUUUUUAUGUCAUUGGGACUCUAAAUUGAGCCCGCAGAUUCCUGCUACAUUCAUACGAACUACAUCGCUAGCGACCACCAUGCCAUACAAACAUGGAGACGUCCUUCCUGUGUUCAUCAUACCAGCUUUUUGUGAAACGCAGCUGAGACCCCUACUUUCCAAGCUCAUGUACCCCUGCUACACUGCUCACAUACAUCUCGAAGCAAAUUCAGCACAACAAAUUGCAGAGCAUCUUUUCUCGUCUAUGACGAGAAUCCAAAGGAAAGGACCUUUCACGAUAGUGGCAGAGACGUGGAGUGGAGGAGUAGCGAUGCUUCUCGCAAAUCUUCUGUAUGAUGCUAACCAUGAAGUAUCCCUCUUUUCGCUACAAGGAUUUCCGAGAAAGAUGUAUUCUUUGUUACCCCGAGAGAAAUCUAUAGAGGAUUACUUGGUGGAUGUUUUGUCGGAACUGAUUGAAAAAGAGGUGUCAAAGAACUUCCAGCUGGUCAAAAUCGACUGUGGAAACUACAAAGAGAUGCUUUCACAUCCCCGGACCGCGAAGUUGAUUGCAGAGGAAGCACCAUUUUCUUGGUGACGGGUGACUCUCAACAUAAAGUGACAAGACUGAGAGAAGAUGGAGAGAAGACGAAGAGAAAUCAUGAGAAGCUGUAUAGACUGGAAUAUGACUAUAAUAAGCAUCACAUAGACAGCAGACAUCACGUUGAUAUGUUAUUAUCAAAAUUACGCUUUCAAAAAACAAUGGAGAAUUUGCAAGGGGCUAGAAUUUGAUGGAUUUCCUCCGUUCGCAGAUAGUAAAAUGGAUCAAAUAUACACUACAGGCAGCCUGAUUGUUGAUAUUUUGUGUUUGUCGGGUUUAGCUAACAUAGGUUAAAAGGCCGAACGUGAUUGGUCGGCUGUGUCUCAUCACUGCUUUAUCGUGCCUCUAUCAGGUGGAAUGGACGACAUACUGUCGGAAACUUAGGAGGUGCCUUUACCUUAUCGUGAGUUCCACCCGCGACAAAGGUACGAUAAAGCAGCGAUAAGACAUAAGACAUAGCCGACCAAUCACGCUCCGCAUUUUAACCAAUGGUCUAUGUAUGUUAUCUAUGUCUACCCGACAAACACAAAAUUUCAACAAUCAGCUUGCUGAGUACACUGAGCACAAACAUAUCCUCAGCAUUUUUACGAGCAUUUUUUUCCUCGUAAUUGAACAAUUACUGCAGGAGUUAUGACAGAUUGAUCGAGUCUGUGAAACGUACUUGUUGUCAAAAUGCGGCAAAUGUUCUCUGUUAAAAUUUUAUUUUCCUCCAAUCUUCCAUAUCAAGAGAAAAUAUAUUUUUGCUAUGAGCUUGACUUAUCCAGUGGUUCCAUAUGAAGCAACCAAAUUUCCUUGUGCAAAUUUUCCAUUGGCUCAUAAAUAAAGUAGAAUUGUAAUUUUUUUUUUUCCACAAAUAUACUUUUGUACAAAGAUUUCAUAGAUUUCCUAAUAUUUCUUAUUAUUUUUGUACGUAAAAUUUAGACUUGCAAUGUUUUCGUAAAAAAGCAAUGUUUGCUAUGUAUGCCUUCUUAAAUUUCACUUAAGCAUAAAAUCAUUUGUGAAAUUUAAAGGGGUGAACCACUUUUAAUUUCACGGUAAACAGAAUUUUCCUCUGAGUUUUCCUUGUUUGUCAAAAUCAAAAAUGACGAAAAGCCUAUCAAAGUGGACGGAAAAUAUACGUUCAUUAUUUUUUUGUGGGAUUUAUCCUCCAAAGUUGAGCUUCAAUUCAUCAAAAUAAAUACAUUAAAUGCG